GGGGGAAAUUCCAACCGCAGCCACAAAUACACCCACAAAAAAAUAAUGUAAAAUGACCCACAUCCCGCCCACUUCCUCUCUAGUCCAAACGGAGCCUCCCUUGAAGCCGGAGGAAAAAGCGGACGCGCAGAUGUUUCAAAAAGAAAAGCUACAUUUUUCAAAUGCCAUCGGUGAAAGCAUGCAGCGCGCUGUGACACAGAGGCACAGAUAGUUUUGUCUUCAACGGCUUGUUGACAUUCUGUUGUGCAGACUAGUUAGUAGCCGGCGUGAGGGCAAGAGGGAAAGUGAAUAUUACGUAACUUAAAGAGUUUCGAACCUCUUUGAUCCAGGAGAUAAUUCAUGUCUUGGGGCAAUGUGCCGUGAACACCAAAACGGAAAAGCAAACGAAAAAUAAAAAGGCGGCCCUGGCGAAAUCUUGGCGAGGUGACUAGUAGAGAGGUAAGGCUGGUUGGUUCACAUUUUUCUUACUGUUAGAGAGAGGUCUACUAUUUGUGGCUGAUUGGUUAGUCGGUGAGAGGUAUAGCCAGUAAUAGUGGCUGGUUGACUACUUUGCUAGUGUUAGAGGCAAGGCUCGUUGACGAGUAGUAAUGACAGGGCUAUAACUAAUGGCUAGUUGCUUUGUGUUGGGGAAUGAUUAGAGUUUGGUUGGGUCGUGUUAGUGAUAGGACAGUAACUAGUGGCUGGCUGGCUAUUCUCUUAGUAUUGCGGUAGACUAGUAUAGUUGGUUAGUGCUCUCCACGCCCAAACCGCUGUUCAUCCUCCCUUGCUACAAUGCAAGGGCUUCCUAUCUGGUGUUCACAGCUUCAGACCAUCUGACGGUGCAGGUAACGCCACUGGCAUUGUGCAAAUGGGGAAUGCACCAUCGGACGGCAGGAACGGCCAGGCGAGGACUCUCACCAUCACUGACUAUGAUACAACCUGGGAAAGCGAGUCCGAGACUGAGUCCCAACCAAGGGAUGAGAAGAGCGGGGUGAGGGGUGAAGGAGAUUCGGCGGGGAGCAGGCUGGCAAGAACGGUGGCCGAUGACAAUGCUGCCCCUCAUGCUGCCCCUGCUGCUACCUCGGCUGUUUCCGUCCUCUCCACACGACCCAAACGAAGCCUCUACGCUGCCCGUGACAUGCACCAGUACAGACACGGCUACCCGAAGAUGCGCGAGUCCCCCACGGUGCAGAAUCGGCUGGUGCGCGCGUACGAGAUGAUGCUGGACACGUACGGGCUGCGUCUGGACGACCGCGAGCGCGGCACCAUUCGCCGCGCCGAUCACUUCCAUCAGCGUCUGCGCGACGUCUUCAAGGACGAGACGUCGCAACACCACAACAUGCGGCUCACGCGGGUGCUCAAGAGCCUCGGUGAGCUGGGCUUGGAGCACUACAAGGCGCCGCUGGUGCGAGCGCUGCUGCGCAUUGCACUGUCGCCCGCGUGCCCGCAGGCCGCCGCCCACAUGCGACGCAGCGCCCUCGACUACUUUGUGUUCACUGUGCGAGACCGAGGAGAGCGCCGACGCCUGCUGCUCUAUGCACAGGCCAAGUACAGGCCGGAAGAUGAGUUCGUGUGGGGACCACCGGUAGGGAGACUGACUCGCUACGCUCACCUCGUCACACCGGAUUCCGACGAGUCCGACCGCGAAGUUGAAUCUAAUGAGGAAAAUGAACCUGCGAGGGACUGCCAGGGAGAGGAGCUGUUAGAAACAAUAUGUGAUGCAAGCACAGAGGACGUCCAUCAGCAUGCUCCACAGUCUGAUGCUGGCUAUGAUGACAUAAGCUAGUGGUGAGUACAGUCACAAACAUGCUAGCGACCGCGUCAUGUGCUGCGUCUUACUCAUCUUUCCAUUUCCGGAGUCCUACUCAAACACCAUCUCUUCCACGUAGCUCCGAAACAUUGUAUUUACAUCGAGGCAAACUGUGUGUACGUAUUAACAGCAUAAAGGGAAUACCUGCAGAGCCGUAAACUGGCACUUAUUCGCAUAUUAGUCACAAACGGCUUUUACAUUUUUAUUGUAAGUGAAUACAAGACAGCACAAUAAAGAUAUUUAUUGUUAUUUAAAAAGAGAAAAUAUCAUUAUGUACACUUUUUUAAAAUACACGUCUAUAAAUCUGCACAUUUUUCAAGCAUGAGACAAUUUGCCUUUAGACUACAAGAAAACAAACAGUGAAUGUAUGAAAUUAUAACUGUACACUGCAGCAAUCGCCAAAUGCGCAAUAGUCACAAAAACACGAGACACACUUCAGAAUGCCCUUCCACCUUCCAUACAAAGGGCAUUCAGAUUUUGAAAACCCAUACAGAAUUGCCACUGAAUGAGUCAAGUGUUAAGUGCUUCUGUGAGUUUCUGUGGAUCCUGAGAGUUAGUCAUGAAGCUCUGGUGUCAUUGCUGUGUACUUUCCAACACUAUCGAUUUAAGCGGUAGGCUACCGAUUUUUGAACUCUCUUGCUGCUUUGCUAUUUGUAAAGGUAAUCGUAACACUUUGCAAACAAAAAAAAAUUAACCAAACUUUUUUUUCUGGAUACAAUUUUUGCUUCGAAAAUCAGCAUGCCUUCAAAGGGUUUAAACAUCGGCGGCCUGCCACUUAACUUACUAGGGUUGACAAGUACUGUGUGUGAUACUGUGAGCUGGGGGGCGGUCAGGCGACGGGGCUGUGGCAGAGUGGGCAGACGGCACGCGCCGCAAUGUCUCGUUCGGCGGCGCAGUGCUUGCACACCCCGCACAUCCAGAACUGGAAGUCGAAGAUGCGCCGUCCCGUAGCCACGCACAAGGGCAGCUUAUCCUCGCCUCUGUGGAUUCAGGAAGGGUCGCAACACAAUAUAAUAAGUACACAACAUCCUAUUGGGUUAUUGUGGAGCAUCAUGGCUUUUAACAUUUAUAAACAGACCUCUGUUCUGUCUCCACAUACAAAUGAAAUAUAUUUUUAGUCAUCGGACUAUUGGCUUUCCCGACCAAUAUUAUCCAGCAGCAUCUGUUUAACAAGCCCUAGUCUGCAUAUUAUCACCUCAAAUGUCUAACUUUGUCAUUUCUUACAGAUACAUGAAUCUUCAGAAACCAGAUUGAGAACUGGUUGUCAUGGAUUACUUGAUGCACUGUUACAUACCUAUUGUAGAAAACAAAUGCAGCAGAUGACAAUCGCCAGCCAGUAUGUAAUAAGGUGGCCUGUGUGCAGUGUGGAAUGCUUUCCCAGCGCCUAUUUAUGAUGGGGUCUCUUGACAACGAAUGAUGAACAAAACUACCAGGUGGAUGGUGCGAACACGGUGCUUGCGUGCGCGCGCAAAUGCCUUACAGUUCGAGUGAUGCCGCGGCAGCACUGGGGUCGGAUUGGCCGCGUGCCGGCGGGUCCUUGGGCGCGUGCCUCGUGAAGAUCUCCACUGCUAGCUCGCGGUACGGCCGCAGCUGCUCCUCUGAGAACCCCUCCAGGGCCUCGAGGCGGAGAAAGGCGCGCGAGCACGUGGCGAACGAACGGCUCGCCACGGCGCACAGCGCCAGCAGCGAGUAGGCGUCGCUCGGUGGCAGGACGUCCUCGUAGUCGCACAGUAGCAGUGCUGCCAGAGGGGCGGAGAAAUAAUGGAUUGUCAGAGACAUUCAUCGUAUUAGAGCUGAGCCAUCCAAUGACAUAAGUAAUUGAUUACUCGACUGAUUAUACAAUUGGAUAGCACAAAGAAAAUAGUUGGGCUCAUCGCUUCCAGUGGUUUCCACCUCUGUUUCCAUGUGUGCUGCUGGAUGGGAGGUGAUGGGCAGGGUUUGGUGACAUCAAUAGGAUCAUCCGCAUCACAUUGGGCACAGUUUUUCGGGAGUUGAUGCCUUCGUGAGGCAGACUGGGGGAGUUUUCCACUUUUAAAGGGGCCCGAUUAACCGACCACGCAUUUUUUUAAUUAAUUAAUCAACUUAAUACAUUAAUCAUCCUGCCCAAGUGAGCUAAGAGCAGGAAAAAUUGCUAGAAGGGAUAUGGCCAUCGGGUGAGACCUGCUAUGGAAUGGCAGCCAAAGGAGGGAACACAAGCCAAAGGAUGUCUACACAUGAAGUUGAACCGAUGAGAUUGGCUCAUGUGCAGGGGCGAGAUGGAUUCUGACAUUCCAAGACGAUGAGGGAGAGAGACCAUCAUCUAGCAGUGAAUAGAUCAUGGCUGUUGAAGAUGGUAAAAUAUAUGUUGGUCUCAAGCGGGAUACUUCAAUAAAGAAACUUUAAUUUCUACUUUGUCUUAUCAACUUUCUAAACCGUUUUCAUGACGUAAAACCACCAAUUUUAGCAACAACAAAAAGUACUGGAGACCCGGAAUUUAUAAAAUAUAAAACAUUUGCAGGUGGGUUUUAUGAGUUAAUUGGUGAAAUAUGUAUGAUUGGUGAAAUAUAUGCUGUACUGUCUUGCCUAAUGAUCACGAGGUGGUUUAUGAACUACUUCGUAGUUUUUUUUCAGUUGUGCUUUAUAGCUCUCUGAUAUGUUUUGAGGGUUGCAGUACGUAUUGUACUGUAUGCCGAAUUUAAACUAUUCAAUUGCCGAAGAAGCUCUCAGCUUCUUCCUAUAUUAAACGUGUUGGUCACGACA